AUGUUCUUCUUUGUUUUCUUGACUGCUUGCCUUGCAGCCUACUAUGGCGUUGAUGUUUCACAACCGACUGAUGCAGGAUCAAUCCAAUGCCUCAGAGACAAUGGGUUUAAUGGGUUCUUCAUCUGCCGAUCUUGGUGUUCUCCUGGGUACUUUGACGAUAAUGCCCCAUAUACUUUAGGACAAGCGCAGUCUGUAGGAUUUACUGGUGACAAUUCCGAGGUGUACUUCUACCCAUGUCUUUCAUGUGGCAAUCCCGAAGGUCAAGUCGCCGACUUUUGGCAACAAGUAUAUAACAACCGCAUGAACUUUAAGCGUGUCUGGUUUGACAUAGAAGGUGAUUGGUAUAAUGAUGUUGGUAGCAACAGAGACUUCUUCGAGCGGAUGAUGAACGAAGCCAACGCCGAACAAAUUGUCAAUGGUGUUUACGCAUCGGCGUACUAUUGGGGAAACAUCUUUGGUGAUUACACUUGGGGUGGUGCUUCUUAUACCCCUUUGUGGUAUCCUCACUACGACAAUUGGGAUAGCUUUGGUGAUUUUGGCGGGUUCGGUGGGUGGUCUUGGCCAACAAUGAAACAGUACAGAGGGGAUGUUUCAAUCUGUUCUGCUGGUGUUGAUUACAAUUACAGAGAGACCAUCGGAUAA